AUGUCUUUUGUCCAUGCGAAGUGUUCAGUGGAGGAGCGUCGUGUCUUAUGGUGUUCCUUAUUAAAUGAUAAGCCAAAUUCUCUUCCUUGGUGUAUUGGAGGUGACUUUAAUGUUAUAUUAGCUCCUCAUGAAAAACGGGGGGGUCGUCCAUUUGCUAUAGCGGAGGGGGCGGAUUUCAUGUCCUUUAUGGAAGAAGCAGGGAUAUUUGAUGUAGGAUUUUCAGGAGCUAGCUUCACGUGGUCUAACAAUAGGAGAGGGAGAGCUCGGGUUUCAAAGAGGUUGGAUAGAUUUUUAGUCAAUGGGGCUUGUUUGGAUUUCUCCGACGUAAUUUCUGUGCUUCACCUGGCAAGACAUCCCUCGGAUCAUGCACCCUUGAAAAUUUCAUUUGAGAAUCGAUCAGAAAAUAAGCCGCGGCCUUUCAGAUUUUUGAAUGUCUGGACGACUAGACAUGACCUCUUGGAGGUGAUUCGCCAGGCUUGGAAUCAAGAUGUGGGUGGAUCUCCGUUGCGUGUUUUGUGUUCUAAAUUAUUGGCAACGAGGAGGGCUAUUCAGACAUGGAACAAGCAACACUUUGGGAAUAUAUUUGAUGCAGUUCAUUCUGCGGAAUUGGAGGUCCAACGUGCAGAGGAAGCUAUGGAUCAAUAUGUAUCGGAGGAAUGUCAAAUUGAGCUUAGCAAGGCUCAGGCAGAGCUGCGCCAUGCAUUGUCAAUUGAAGAACAAUUUUGGAGGCAAAAAUCCAGGGUAAAAUGGCUCAAACAAGGAGAUCGUAAUUCAAGGUAUUUCCAUGCGGUAGUCAGGCAAAGACGGGUUCAAGGAAUGAUACACCGCAUCAAAAAGUCAAAUGGGGUCUGGGUGGAUACAAAUGCUGAUAUAGCAACUGAGGCAAUAUCAUAUUUCUCUAACCUCUUCACGGGCUCUUUGCAAUCAGCUUCUGAUAUGCAGCACUUAAUUUCGCCCAUGAUCUCGGAAGAGGAUAAUGCAAAAUUGGAGGAAGUGCCUUCGAUUGACGAGGUUUAUCGAGUAGUGCGAUCAAUGGAUGGGGAUAGUGCUGCUGGCCCAGAUGGUUUCACAGGUAAAUUUUUUACAUUCGCCUGGGAAGUUGUCGCCCAAGAUGUCUAUAAUGCGAUACUUAGCUUUUUCUGUGGGGCAGAGUUACCUCGUUUCAUCACCUCUACCUCCAUUGUGUUAAUUCCAAAGAAGCCAAAUCCUCAGGAGUUUUCUCAAUUUAGGCCCAUCAGCUUAUGUAAUUUCUUCAACAAGUUGUUAUCCAGGAUUUUAGCUGAUAGAGUGGCUUAUGUUUUGCCAAAAAUCAUUUCACCCCAGCAGACAGGCUUUGUGAAGGGCCGUAAUAUAACAGAUAACUUUCUGCUAGCUCAGGAAGUAGUAUCGGGUAUUGCAAAAAAGAAUAGAGGUGGGAAUGUUGUAUUGAAGCUAGAUAUGUCUAAGGCAUAUGAUCGGGUAGCAUGGCAUCAUAUUAUUGGUGUUCUUAGGAGAUUUGGCUUCGGGGAAAUAUUUAUUGACCUGGUAUGGCGAUUGAUCUCUAAUAUCUGGUUUUCGGUUAUUAUAAAUGGGGCUUCACAUGGUUUCUUUAAGUCAACGAGAGGACUACGUCAGGGUGACCUAUUAUCGCCUGCAUUAUUCAUUAUUGGGGCUGAGGUAUUAUCUAGAGGCUUAUCUAACCUUUCUAUGCAAUCAGGUUUUGUCAAUUUCAAAGUCCCAUAUGCAUGUCCCUCUAUAACUCAUUUGGCGUUUGCGGAUGAUAUUCUCAUUUUUGCAAACGGAUCGUCCUACUCUCUGAAAGCUAUCAUGCAUGUGCUUGAGGAGUACCAAAGAUGUUCAGGACAGCUGAUAAAUGUGCUAAAAAGUUGUUACUUGGUUCAUCCAUCUUUACCACCGACAAGACGAAGGGUGAUUGAACGUAUCACAAAUUUUACCUGGCAAUCAUUUCCGAUUCGGUAUUUGGGAUUUCCACUUUACUUUGGGAGAUGUAAAUCGUCAUAUUUUGGGGAAGUGUGUCAGUCUAUUCUAGGGAAAAUAAUGUCAUGGAAAUCAAGGAUGCUUUCCUUUGGAGGCAAGAUAGUUCUAAUCAAACAUGUGCUAGCAUCGAUGCCACUACAUCUGUUGUCAGCUGCAGUUAUCCCGAAUAAGGUAUUUAGAACUAUAGAAAAGGCCUUCUCGACCUUCCUUUGGGGGUCAUCAUCUGAAGAAUCGAAAUUUCACUGGAUAAAGUGGUCUCAGAUGUGUUAUCCGGUAAAUGAGGGAGGCGUUGGCUUCCGGAGGCUAAAGGACAUCUAUAAAGCCUUCUCAUUCAAGCUUUGGUGGAACUUCAGAAAGGGUUUGUCGUUGUGGGCUGCAUUCAUGAAAGCAAAGUACUGCAGACUGCUACAUCCUUGUCAGGUAGAAAUCAGGACAACAGACUCGGCACUCUGGCGGAGAAUGGUCAAUGUUAGUCGACAAGUGGAGCUCUCUAUGCUAUGGGUUGUCAAAAACGGAGCUUGUCACUUUUGGUACGAUAAUUGGUUGGGGAGUGGUGCUUUGUUCCUCCGAGCGACGGUUGUCCCUAAUCUAUCAUUUGAUAAUGUUUUCAUCAAUGGAUAUUGGGAUGUGAAUAAGUUAUAUCAGACACUGCCAAGGGAAAUGGUGCCCUCCAUUUUAGAGCAUCCGGUUCCGGAAGAAGGGGGUGAAGCCGAAGUCAUUUGGAUGCCCACGACAUCUGGAAAUUUCUCUCUAGCAUCUGCAUUUUCGGAAAUUAGGCAAACCCGCAAUAAGUCUAUGGUUUUUGACAGAAUUUGGCAUCCUCAACUCCCUUUGAAAGUUUCAUUCUUCAUGUUACGAUUGUUGUUGGGGAGGCUGCCCCUACCGGACAGGUUAUGUAAACUUGGCUUUCACUUACCGUCAAAAUGUUUUUGCUGCUAUUCGGCAUCUGAGGAGUCAAUUGAGCAUUUAUUUUCCAAUGGCCAUAUAGCAUCCACAGUUUGGAAUUAUUUUGGAGCUGCAUGUGGACUGGCCUUUCCAGGGUCAUCUUUACGGCCCCGCAUAGUGGGUUGGUGGUUGAGUUCACAGCAUUCUGAGAUACGACGAUAUAUUGGAAGCAUUCUUCCCAGUGUAGUUUGUUGGAAUAUUUGGAAAUCAAGAAAUAAAGCAAUGUUUGAGAAUGUCCACAUGAGUUCGCCUGCCAUUUGUUUUGCCAUUUUCUCGGAUAUCCAAAACAUGGUUGAAAUUCAUUUCAAACAAGUUUUCCGAGUACAGUCAUUUUAUGAUUUGUAUGAUUGGCCGUAUUCAGCUAAUAUUGAGUUUAUAUACAAACUUGUUAGUUGGGAAACGAAGGAAUCCGGUCGGUUCAUACUAAAUACGGACGGUUGUUCUAAGGGUAAUCCAGGAUUGGGUGGAGGUGGUGGAGUUCUUCGAGAUUCAAAUGGCAUACCUUUGAUUGGUUUUUCGGCAUAUUUUGGGGAAACUACAUGUCUAUGUGCAGAGGUUCGAGCCCUCCUUAUUGGUCUUCAAACAUGUGUGCAUAGAGGGUUUGGGAAUCUCUGUGUCCAGUCGGAUUCUUUGGUAUUAAUUGGAAUUCUUCAGCAUCGCAUUCAAUGUCCCUGGAAGAUUCGACGUGACAUUAGGCAGAUUUGGCAGUUUGUUAAAGACCCACAUCGUUUUUCGCAUUGUUACAGGGAAGCUAACAAAGUAGCUGAUGCAUUGUCCAAUGUGGGAGUAUCUCAUCCAGAGCAUCAAGUCAAGCUAUACGAGUCCUUUAAUACAUUCCCAACUAUGGCUCGUGGGGCAAUUCGCCUUGAUAGAUUAGGGAUGCCAUCAAUUCGGAAAAUUAAGCGUAUGAAGGGCUGA